UAGAUCUCUGAAGGCAGAUACGAGGGGUGUAGCAGUAAAGACGAAAGGAAGCCACUACAUUCAAGUUAAAAAAACUCCGUGAAGGAUUUCUAUCGGAAGGAAAUCUCCGGUUCAGACACACGCUGGAUAUUGUUCUAUUUGUAAUUGCAUCCGGAUCCUAAGGACAGCUCGCUUUGAAGGAUUUGAACUCCUAGAAUUCGCCAGCCCUUCAUCUAACUCCCCAGGAUACCAUAACACCAUGGCUCCCCAGUUGUUGCCGUUGUUGUCUCUGGUCUCAACUCUCUACCUGGUGGCCCAGGGACAGGAGCAGCCUCAACCCAUAGAGGAGGAACCUAUCACAGCGAAGAACAUCCAGCUUCUGGGUGGCUGGUUCAGCAGAGACCCAGAGAGCCUGGAGGUGCAGACCACUGCUAAAGCUGCUGUGGACCACUUUAACACCCAGUCUAAUGCCAGGAAAUUCUUCAGACUGAUCAAUGUCAUCUCCGCUGAGACUCAGGUGACUAACGUGAUCAACUAUAGGAUCGAGGUGAUCAUCGGGAAGACCAAGUGCCUCAAGACGGAGCACAACUCAGAUGUGGAGUCCUGUGUCCUGGGGAAAAAGCGCCUGACAUGUACGUUUGAGGUGUGGUUUAACCCUCGCAAUGAAAAGUACGAGAUCUCCAACUCCUCUUGCCAGAAGCAAAUCUGACUCCAGAUCAGUUUCAACCAACCAACUACAUGAUCUGUCCUCUUCCUCCUGUAAUAUGUAACACUGACUCUAGACCAGUCAUCACUGACUACCUGAACAUGACGAUGACUAUCUACAGAGUUACGCUACAACGAAAUGGUUCAUCGUUGAAUGACUUGACUUUUCAAAACUGCUUAGAUUUCUUUUAGGAUUUGAUGUGAUUUUGUUUCUAAUAAAAUUGUUUUCAACUGA